CUCAGACCCGCGGCUCCUCCUCACACGCUCGAGGCGGAGGGAAGGAGGGGUAAGAGGAGGAGGAGGCGAGCGGGCGGCCGCCGCAGCUGCAGACCCGGGGCCAGAGGAGGAGGCGGAGCGGGAGCCGCCGCAGCCACCCGGGCCGCCCGCAGCCACAGGGCUGCUGCGAGUCCUCUCGGGGCUUGAGGGCGCUGGGCGCCCCAGCCAUGCCCCGCAGCGGCAGCUGAGCCGGGCGCGGGCCCCCUCCCUCCCUCCCUCCCAGCCGCCGCGCCCCCGGAGUGCCCGGCGCCUCCCGCGCGUCCCAGACCGCGAGCGCGAGCAGCGGCGGCCGCCGAGGCGCGGGUGGUGCCGGCGGCGGCGGGAGCGCGGGGCAGCAGGAGGCGGGGAAGAUGGACCCGGCGCCCUCUCUGGGCUGCAGCCUCAAGGAUGUGAAGUGGAGCUCGGUGGCCGUUCCGCUCGACCUGCUGGUCAGCACUUACCGGCUGCCCCAGAUCGCGCGGCUGGACAGCGGGGAAUGCAUAGAAGGGCUGCGGGAAAAUGACUACCUUCUGAUCCAUUCGUGCCGUCAGUGGACCACCAUCACUGCCCAUAGCUUGGAGGAGGGGCACUACGUCAUUGGGCCAAAGAUAGAGAUUCCGGUACAUUAUGCAGGGCAAUUCAAGCUGCUGGAACAAGACCGAGAUAUAAAGGAGCCAGUGCAAUAUUUCAACAGCGUGGAGGAGGUGGCUAAAGCAUUUCCCGAACGCGUGUACGUCAUGGAGGAAAUAACAUUCAACGUGAAGGUUGCUUCAGGUGAAUGCAAUGAAGACACGGAAGUUUACAACAUCACCCUGUGUACCGGGGAUGAACUCACUCUAAUGGGACAGGCAGAAAUCCUUUACGCAAAGACUUUCAAGGAAAAGUCACGACUCAACACAAUCUUCAAGAAGAUUGGGAAACUCAAUUCCAUCAGCAAGCUGGGAAAAGGCAAAAUGCCGUGUCUCAUUUGCAUGAAUCACCGGACCAAUGAAAGCAUUAGCCUUCCAUUCCAGUGCAAGGGCCGAUUUAGCACCCGAAGUCCCCUGGAACUUCAGAUGCAGGAGGGCGAACACACCAUCCGCAACAUUGUGGAGAAAACCAGGCUUCCUGUGAAUGUGACUGUGCCCAGCCCUCCACCAAGGAACCCAUACGACCUCCACUUCAUCCGCGAGGGUCACCGCUACAAGUUUGUGAACAUCCAGACCAAGACAGUGGUGGUUUGCUGUGUGCUGCGGAACAACAAGAUCCUCCCCAUGCACUUCCCUUUGCACUUGACUGUCCCCAAGUUUAGCCUCCCAGAACACCUGGUGAAGGGGGAAGUAUGGCCGGAAACCCUGGUCCAUCACUGGCUGGGUAUCUGCCAAGAACAGUUCGACAUUGAUGAGUAUUCACGGGCUGUCCGCGAUGUGAAAACUGACUGGAAUGAGGACUGCAAGAGCCCCAAGAAGGGCCGAUGCUCUGGCCACAACCAUGUGCCCAAUUCCCUUAGCUAUGCUCGUGAUGAGCUCACCCAGUCCUUCCACCGGCUCUCGGUCUGUGUGUAUGGCAACAAUCUCCAUGGCAACAGCGAGGUGAACCUCCAUGGCUGCAGGGACCUGGGGGGAGAGUGGGCUCCCUUUCCUCAUGACAUCCUGCCCUAUCAGGACUCGGGUGAUAGUGGGAGCGACUACCUGUUCCCAGAAGCUAAUGAAGAACUAGCGGGCAUCCCAGGGAAGUCAGAACUUCCUUAUGAAGAGCUGUGGCUGGAGGAAGGCAAGCCCAGCCAUCAGCCUCUCACUCGUUCCCUGAGCGAGAAGAGCAGGUGUGAUCAGUUUAGAGGUUCUGUCCGGUCCAAAUGUGCAACUUCUCCUCUUCCUGUCCCCGGAACUCUGGGAGCAGCAAUGAAGUCUUCAGAAAUUGCCCUACCUCCACCUCCAGUGCCUCCCAAAUCUGAAGCCGUCAGGGAAGAAUGCCGGCUCCUGAACGCCCCACCUGUUCCGCCCCGAAGCGCAAAGCCUUUGUCCACAAGUCCCUCCAUCCCUCCUCGCACAGUCAAGCCAGCGCGGCAGCAGACUCGCUCUCCCAGCCCCACCUUGUCCUACUAUUCUUCAGGGCUGCACGACAUCAGCGUUACUAAAAGUGACACAAGUCCUUCUGAAAGUGCUCCUGUUUCCUGCUAUCCGUGUAACCGAGUGAAGACUGAUUCUGUGGACCUGAAGUCCCCGUUCGGAAGUCCUUCUGCUGAAGCUCUCUCCUCCAGGCUCUCAUGGCCUAACCAUUAUUCGGGAGUGUCGGAGAGCCAGACCAGGAGUGACUUCCUGCUGGACCCAAGCAGGAGUUUCAGUUAUCCCAGACAAAAGACGCCAGGCACACCAAAGAGAAACUGCCCAGCACCGUUUGAUGUUGAUGGCUGUGAGCUCUCAGCCAGCCCGCCUGGCUCAGUCACUGCAGAAUUCAGUAGCAGCGUCUCUGGUUGUCCCAAGUCAGCCAGCUACUCUCUGGAGAGCACGGAUGAGAAAACUCUUGCAGCUGGCACAACAAAGCAGAGUGUCUCGUGCCCUGCCUUACCCCCCAGGGCCCCAAAACUAGUGGAAGAGAAAGCGACCUCCGAACCUUCUCCUUUGCCUCUGAAAAUCGAUGGUGCUGAGGAAGACCCCAAGGCUGGGUCACCAGACCUCUCUGAGGACCAGUACUUUGUUAAAAAGGGCAUGCAGGACAUCUUCUCCGUCUCCUACCCUUUCUCGUCUCCGCUCCACCUCCAGCUGGCCCCCAGGUCCUGCGGCGAUGGCUCCCCAUGGCAGCCCCCUGCCGACCUGUCGGGACUCUCUAUAGAAGAAGUGUCCAAGUCGUUACGGUUUAUUGGUUUGUCUGAAGAUGUCAUAUCGUUCUUUGUUACUGAAAAGAUUGAUGGGAAUUUGCUUGUUCAACUAACAGAAGAAAUCCUGUCAGAGGAUUUCAAAUUGAGCAAACUGCAGGUGAAGAAAAUCAUGCAAUUCAUUAAUGGCUGGAGGCCCAAAAUAUAACCAAAUGACCCCAGCUAGUAUUGAACAAAACUGAUACAUGUGUGUGCUAGAAGGGGUGGGCUGGGACACAAGUUCAUGUUUUUUUUGCACUAAAAUCCUUCUCUGUAAAUAGGGAUAAGAGAAACUCUUACUAUGCAGAUUACGUUUUUGAAUGGUGAACAGGCUAUUUUGUACAUGAAUAAAAAUGCUGUACAGAACACUUACAGGUGUGCCUUGUACGUCCCUCAACACUCAACAGCUGCUAAAAGACAAAAGGCAUGUUCAGAGAAAUACUUCUUAUCCAAGUAGGUGUAUGUGAGAAGGUAUGAUAUUUAUUACAAAAUAGCCAAAGCUGAAAGACAUAAGAAUCUUAAAAAAAACAAAAAAAAUACUUUGAACAACAGUUCCCUCCUUUGGCGGGAAUCGACUUUAGACAAUUAACUCUCUUCUGUGCUCUGUUGUUUGGAUUGCUUAAUGCUAAUUGUUUUACUCUUGUGCCUGAAAAUGUUAGUGAUAUGAAAUGACACUUUAAUGUUAUAUGCUUGGUGGGGAUCUUUUCAUCGAAAGGCGUUUUCCAAAAGUCGUGUAGAUAGAGCAUAUAAGACAUCCUUAGAAAUAAUACAAAUCACGACCACAAUAAUUUAUCUAUAACUGCUGCUAAUUUUAUUAAGCAGAGAAAAAAAACAAUAUAUACAUAUAUGUGUAUAUAUGUGUAUACACAAUAUAAAUGUAUAUGUUUUAAACAUCAUUAUGAGUCUGAUAUUUUAGAUAACAUCUGUUCACUAGCAAAUAUCCAUUGAGGUUUGGGGCCUGACUCUCCUAGGAAUAGUGGACAGAAUGAUUCCAAAGAUUCUCAGAACCCUGUCACUCAAGGCUCAGUCUUAUUAGGCUUCAUCCCUGAAAACUUGGAACAAAUCAAUAGAGAGUCUGUAUUGAAGAAUUAAAUUUGAUUUUAAGCCCAUUGUGGGGCUGGAUUUUGCAUAUAAUACUCCCGUGCUGAUGUCUGGGGAAAUGACAAUUUCUGUCAAAUGAUAAUUCUCUUGUUUGAGGGUCUUAUUUUCCUGGCGUCUGACAGUGAGCGCUCUGAAGGGCAUUUCUGAGAGUGUGUUCGGUGUUCUCAACGUGCUUUGUGCUUUAGGAGAGCUUGGAAAUCAGACAUACCAUCUCUGUUAUUAUAUGUGCUACAUCUGUUGAGUAAUUCUUACAAGUAUCAAUAAGUGUGCUUGUUUAGUUCAUAAAUCUCUUCUUUCCUCUCUUCCAAAGAAAGAUUAUUACCAUAUUUUUAUUCCAAGAAUUCCGGGACAUUAUUCUGACAAUUUUUGCCAAAUGUGAUUAAAUAAUCCAAAAUAUAAUGACCUCAUCAUCAUUAUUGAAGGAAUAUAAAUCUUAGAAAAGUUUUAGUUCUCUAAGCAAGCCAUCGUAUCUGUAGCCGUGCCUCCCGCCGGAGUCUGAUUCUAGAUGUACAGACAGGCUGUGACAGAGGUUAGCCACCCAGAUGUCAGCAUGACUUGCAGGAUUGGCUUAUAUUUUAUUAUCUGCUCUUCCUGCUCACCAAAAUAAACAAACAAAUGUAAAGACAAGACCCACCAGUCUAGUUUUGCAGACCUGUCCAAUGUGGGUUUAUUUCUUGGCAUUAAAAAGAUAUUUUUAAUCUAUCUCAUGGUUUAGAGUUGAGGUGAAUUGAUACCUCUUCUCAUUUUCCAUCUUAAAUCUCCUUUAAAAAAAAAAAAAACCAGCGUUUUUCCCCAUAACACGUCUCCCAAAAUGUAAAUACUAUACUCGAGGUAACAAGUACCCCAUAAAGAGAGUACCCUGUAAAACUUGUCAAACUGGAGCACCUCUUCCAAAGUAACUGACAAAUCUAUGUAGAAGUUUCCAGUACUGCACUCACAUGACAUGAGACCCCUCAAUUACUUGCAUGUUUAGAAAACAUCCUUCUGUGUGUGGGGCAACUCCCUUAGUAAAGUUAACCUCUCAGAACUUUCCUUUAAAAUAAAAACAGGAUGCAAUUGAAAAGCUGCAGGUUUUCCUUGGCAAACCCUUGCAGAAUCUGUUUUAAAACACUUAGCCGUUAGACACAGUUCUCAAAUUCAGGAGAGAGGAACAGGGUGGGUUUGGGUCUACUAUGAAGGUUGCCCCACAUAAACAACUGACUCCUUUUAUCUUUUUCCUUUUCUUUUUGUUUUUCCUUUUGCAAAAUCUCUACACAAAAUAGUUUCUGGUUUUUGUCUUGGCAUAUUUGUCCUGAGUUUAUAUUGAUGCCAGUGUGGAGACUCCUUGAGGGCGGGGAUUAUGGCCUUUGAUUCUUGUAUUCAGAUUCAUUGAACUCCUUGUGUGAGCCGGGCACUGUGCUGGUAUGAAGCGACAAAGCUGAAAAAACAUGACAUGGCUCCUACCCUCUUGGAACUCAUAAUAUUUAUAUUUAAAAUCACAGUUGUUGAGACUGCGUUAUGUGUGGGUAAGAGAGACAUGAAAUCCUCUGGCAGUUAGAUGUACAGAGAGUUAAGUGUGCCCUGUCUGUGAAGAAUCUGCAGAUUGAAGAAAUGGCAGCCUCUAUUAAAGGGGUAUAAAAUAAACACCACAAGACCAUUAAAACUUGGAAUACAUUGGAGGCAGAAAGUAUCUCUGACUCCCAUUAGCUAGUCUCUUUAACAGAUGUGGAAUUUUUUUUAAUUGUAAUAAGUAUCUUCUGGCAUCUCUAAAGCCACAGAUAUAUGUAAUUGCUGUUCCUAAACUGAACACUUGUCUGUAGAGGACCUUGGCCCCCUGACUAGACAAGGCAUGCAUAGCCAGAGAGAAUCAUGAGAAGAACCGCAGAGCAGGGGUAGGAAGGAAACAGCUCUUCUCAUCUGAGAACUGCGAUUUUGCAGUGAAAAGCGAUGUAUGGAGAUUCCCACAAGCAGAACUUUCACUAACCAACCAGGUCAAGACUGAGUACAUCUUCUGGCAGGUUCCCUGCAGUCUGUCCAGUGACCAUGGUGCUUGGGGGAAGAUGUCUGUCCAAACAGGACUCUUUUUGGGGGUCCUUAAAUUCAUGGCUAAAAUCAUCAUGGCCCCCAUCAGAAAAGAAAAUCAGCAAUAAACCAAACCAAGCAGCGAAAUGUAAAAUGUGGACCUGACUCAUGUUGAGAGAGAGAACUCAAACGCUCACAGAUCAAUUCCUUCUCAGAAUCUUAUACACGCCUGCAAAUUCUCUUUUUAAGGUGAGCUGCUCAACUUUAUGAACUGUGAAAUUUACGUUUAUACUCUUUCAACCCACAUAGACAGCAAGCUGCGAGCUGCCCAUUCGGCUAAAUUGCAGUGUUUAUUCUUGUCUCAUGUAGAAAUAAAACAACAGUCUCAUGGAAAAAUGUUGUGACAGUCCAUUCCAACCGUUUUCAGACAUGUACAUAAACACCCUCUGCUCACAUUCCAGAACCACCUGCACAUCAUCCAUACAGCUCCUCGAGAAGUUCGGGGGAUGGGUGUGGAUGGAUAGAGAGGGUCCUUCAUUUUCCAAACACUUUGUAUAACAAGUCACUACUCAUCAUGCCUACAGAGUAUAAGAUUAACACUUUGAAUAACAAACUGGAAAACAAAACAGUUCUCCAAAGAACCUGGUGAACUGUUCAAAGAAAAUUCCAACUUCAGUCCACCAGAAGAGUUAAAUCUGUUGGACACACAAGACUUUCAGAAACUAUGUCCAUUAUAUCAAUUCCCACUAUUUUUCUAGUAAUAUAAAGGCACCAGGCUGCUAGGACAAGAAGCUUAAAAUGCCCAGAGUGCAAAUGAUGGAAAGUAGGACUUUUAUAGUGUGGGGUUAUGAUAUUGUGGAAUUCUUAUGGCCACUUCUUGUCAAAUCACAUUGUGUAGUCUUCAAAACUUGGUGUUUUAAAAUUUAUCUCAUUGUGAAGGCCAGAAACGGGGGUAAACAUGAUUUCAGUUAAAACUAUAUAUAAAUAUCUUCUGUAAUUUUGCUGCUCUAAUUUUUAGGCUAUGAAUUUUGUAAUGAGCUUAUCAGAUUAUGAAUUUCCUUUGUUUACAAUCUCAUGUAGUAGGGCUCAGAUAAUUUCUUAGCUGUAAACCUUUUCUCCCAUUUUCACGUUAAAUUCCAUUUAAAAUAUUGUUUAAGCUAAGCCUAAAAAUUGAACUCAGUUAAAAAUUUGGGAAGUUUUCCUUGACUUACAUGGAAAUGGUAUAUUCUUUUCAAAAAAUUUUGUAACCAUCUUUGCAGUUUUUUUGCUUGGAAAACCUGGAUUGUUAACUACCAGUUGACAAUUACAUUAGUGUCCAGAGCAUUAUCUAACGGGCCCAAUGUGUACCUCAAGAUAAACAUGGUAUGUGACGUUUAAAAAAUUCGUUGUUGAUUUAUAUGGUUCUGAAAUGUCUAUAAAUAAAGAAAUUUUAAACGUU